AUGCGUCCAUUCCAGCUGUGGGCCUGUGCCCUAAUGGCCGGCACCAGUCUUACUCAAGGCGAUCUCGGCGCAUUGCUUAGUUCUCAGGCCGACCUCAGUACACUGCUUGAGCUUGUAGGCCUCAUCGACGGUCUCGCAGACACCCUCUCUGCCGCCUCCAACAUCACCAUAUUCGCGCCUACUAACGAGGCCUUUGCCGCAGUGCCCCGCGACAUCCCCGAGGGCGAGGCAAUCGAGUACAAAAACGACACUGCGGCCAUUGGUGCACUGCUCGCCAACCACGUCUUCAAGGGCGUGUAUCCCGCUGAAGUCAUUACCGAUAUUCCGACCUUUGCACAGACGCUGCUGAACGGCUCCUAUGUCAAUGCCAUCCAGCCAUUUUCCGACUUCACCGGCGGCGCCUACAAUGGGCUUGUCAAGAACGGCGACGACGUGUGCGUUUUAUCUGGCGAGCAGACCAUUUCCAACGUCAUUCAAGCAGACAUCAAGCUCGGCGACGGCAUCACCAUCCACAAGAUCGACACGGUGCUCUCGUUUGGCGCCCCCUUCCAGCUCUUCACGUACCGCGCAGGCUACACGGCCAUGAACGGCGCGCUCGAAGCGGCCAAACUCGCCAUUGACUUUGGUCUCAGCGGGCCCAACCAGGUCGGCCUCAACAUCUCCGACUUUACCAUUUUCGUGCCUACAAACGCCGCCUUUGAAGCCAUUGGCUCGGUGCUCGAGUCGGCGGACCAACAGACGCUCCAGACAGUCCUUCAACACCACAUCAUCCCCGAUAACGUGAUUUUCUCGCCCAGCCUGGGAAAUGUGACGGUUAAGAGCAUGGCAGGUGCCGAUCUGGUAUUUACCGUGUUGGACGACGGCUCCGCGUUUGUCAACGGCGCGAAGAUUGUGUUUGUGAAUACCAUUCUGUACAAUGGUGUUGCGCACGUGAUUGACGGUGUUCUGAACCCACUUGCCCCCUUUGACCGGGCUUCGCUCGAGCCCGACGUCCCGGCAUCCCAGCGUGUGGCUUUCCCCAGUGCAACGGCUGUAUCUGAACUCCCGUUUCCGAGUAACUCGCUGGCUUUUGUGGGGGACCUCAUGACGUAUACGACUACGCCUGAGUUGCUGAAGACGCUGAUGCCGUUGGCGACGCCGACGCCUGCGAGCGCUACUGCUACGACUACUACCUCGUCGGGUUCGCCCAUGGCAACGUAUACGGGUGCUGCGGCGGGAGGAUUGCUGCACGGUGCGGGUUUGGCUGCUGCGGGUGCGAUGGGUCUGGCUGCGGUGCUUGUUUAG